AUGGAGAAUAAUAAUCAAGAAAGAAACCCAACGAAAAUCUUCAAACUGUUUGAUAAAUGGGCUGAAUUACUUCCAAAAGAAGGAGAGCAGAUGCAUAGUGGAGCUUCUCUCAGUAGAAUUGGAAGUGAAAUCAAGCAACAAGUUUCAAGCUUAGAGAACCAAAAAGUACACGACAAGAUUAGUACCAUAAAUCCUGCUGACCAGGGACUGAAGACGGUCAAACAAGAGGUAGACAGCACAUCAAAAGAGGAUUUGAAACCAAAGUUUCUGUUUGAAUUGAAGAGGGACAAUACAAACAAAAGCACAGAACAGCAAUUAUCCCCAUUCGAAUGUGUAUAUGAUUUUUGCCUUGCUUUGGAAAAGUUUUGCAGAUCUAAAUCCACAGCUGAAAAUCGACUUGACAUAAAUGAGGAUUGGAAGAAACUGCUUUUUACUUGCUGUUCUCACAACCCAGAAAGAGCCAUGUGGAUACACCUUACAUUUCAAACAUCUAUCAAAAUGAAAUUAACAUGGAAGCAGGUUGUUAGGAGACUGAUGGCUAAUUUCGACGACCCAAAGAGAAUCUUGUCGCUCGAGACAGCACUGUCCAAAUUCAACUUUAUGCCCGAACUAGAGUCGAUCUACGCAGCCAAUAUGGAAUUUGCAAGAUAUGCAGACGAGUUGGGGAAUGAUACAAAGAGAACAGUAGAGCUUUAUUUGAACGGAAUGCCUCCAGCUAUCAAAGAAGUCCUUGAGUCAACAAUUGCUUACGACGAGUCGACUCAUUUCAGAUAUUCUUUAUUGGAUGUACAACAGAGAUCAGCAACCUUUUUAACGGCAAAUGAAGGGGAUUUGGUCUUUUACUCAAAAAGUGCUCAUCUGGCUUUAGCUUUGGAAUAUGAAAACGUUGACACCAGAAACUGUGAAUUUCAUUUGCUUGCCGAUCACUCCACCAUCGAAUGUCCUGAUUACACUGUCUUGAGGUUCCCUUAUAUGGAUUUUACUCCUUUGACGUUUGACUUGAAACCUGCUGGAUCAAUUGCUCAAAACACACAACCAAUGGAAGAUAUUGCAAUGGGAGCAAGCUCUGGAGCUGAUACCUUAACAGUUAAAGCCUCGCCAGUUGAUGUGAAAUCCGAGGCGCCAGCUGAUACAUCUGCUCAGCAGCCUACUCAGGAUAUUGUUGAACCACAACUAAAAGAAACGGCUGAACCACCUAAAGAAGCAACCACGCCUUUAAAGGGGAAUUCAGUUCCACCAGCAGUGAACCUUGCUCCAGCAGCUACUACUAAUACUACCGUUGCCAGUACCACAGCAACAGCAAGUACUGCAGUUGAUACAAAUAAUAAUGAGCAGGUAAGUUAUACAAUAACACAGCAAAAUCUUCCUGCUUCGGCUGCUUCAGUCAAUGUAGAACACACUAAAGAUUUAGUUAAUCAACAAAAACAGCCUACAUCAGUGGCGACUGUCAACACGAAUGCAGCGCCAUCACUUGUCAAACUACAGCCGAGCAAUGUUGCACCAGUUGAAACAUCAGCAGACAUCCAAAUGACUAUAACUGAAGCAGACUUCGUUACUGGCAAAAAACAGCGUACAGGAGCAGAGCUAGAAAAAGCUUCGGCUGUUGUGAUGGGCAAGCUUGAAAAUAGCCCGUUAUCUCCAAACUCAAAGACACGAGCUUUUGCAAAACAUAAAGAAGCAAUCGACACGAUGCUUGCAAAUCACGAGAGACUGGAUUCAAGUGUCACAGAAACAAAUACAGCCAGCGCUCCUCCACAGAAGCAGAAGCAAAUCAAGCCCAAUGCACCUCGAGUGGAAACACGCGAAGAAUUGGCCGCAUGGGUUGAAGCUGGAAAGGAAAAAUGGCCUAGAGACAAUUCAGAGAAAAAAGGACAGAAGAAUGGCGAAAAGGAAGCCCAUAGUGAGCCACCGAAGCCAGUGGAAGCCGCAGCAUUUGCUUCCGGGCCAUUCAAUGCGCAACUACCGCCCAAACUACCCACAGUGACCACAAAGCCAGCUCCUUUGCCUGAACCAAAGCAAACUGAGCAGACAAAGAUGAGUGCAGUUGGACAAAUUAUAUCAACACCCAGCAGUGCUUCUGCAAAAAACAAGUUGCCGGAAAUACCUACAGGUUCAGCUACUGUUAGGGAGAAGGGUCUAGCAGGCAAUCAGGCAUUGAAUACACAAGAAAAUAUAUUAUACACAACGCUUGCACUUGCGCAUAAGAAGGUUACUGCUCUUAAACCACAAGCAAUCAAGAUCAGUGUCCCUUCCAAUAGCAAUCAAACAGCUGCUCCGCAGUUCAAUCGUCCAUCCACUAGCCAGCCACUGUCAGUAAAACCAGCAGUAACGGCUACUAAAUUCAAAUAUCAACCAUCCAUAUCUCCUCGUCGGCCCAGAUCUCGCUCUCGCUCUCCAUUCCGUAGAUCUUACAAACGACAGAUAUCUCGCUCGCGUUCUCGUUCUCGUUCUAGGUCUCGAUCAAGAUCCCGUUCUCGUUCAUCAGAUCGCAGCUACUAUCGCUCGAAGAGCCCUCCUCGACGUCGCCGUCGUUUAUCCACAAAUAGUCCGCCUCGCCGGCCAAAUUCUCCCGAGACAGGUUGCUAUAUUCAUGGGAGUGGAGCUAAUCAUAGUACUAAAGAUUGCCGUCAAGCCCAAUUGAUGAUCCAGCCACGUAAAUUGAAACUUGAUCGCCAGACUUCUCCUCCGCCCAUUAAGCGCACAAACAUUAAUAAGGACGGAUUCAAGAACAAUGGAGAACCUAAUAUUUGCAUCUUUUGUGGAUUGAUAUUCAAGCCUGGCCAUCUUCAAUUCUGCACAAAAGUAAUACAGCGAAAGAAGCCCUUGAGAAAAUAUUGA